UUUCCUGGACUAAUUAUCAUGACAGUUGUAAUGAUGAGACUUUUAUAGAGUACUCGCGUAAAUAGUAGUCCUUGUUUUCGCUGGGUUUGACUUAACGACAGCGAUACAAGCUGUGCGUAAACACUUGCACAUAGUUACAAUUUCGUUAAGAAUGACCCAGAAACGAAGGACCAACUUUUCGGGGAUCAUCCAGAUUUCGGCUGUUUGGAUUGGGCUCUUAUCCAUGGGUGGAUUGAGCGAAGCCAUUUUGAUUCCACAAUCAUUCACCAAGAAUGCUGUUGAACCAGUGGCUGCUUCGGCUUCCGAAAGCUUACCAUGUGACAGUCCAGUAUUUUGCCAUGGAUCAUUGCUGCAGACCGUACAAAUGAUGCGGUUGUUUAAUGAUUCCAAAUCCUUCGUUGAUCUUCCGCUACGCUAUCCAGUAAACAAGACGCUAACGGAUUUUGCCGCCCUGGGCGAUCCGGCAUACCUGAAUGCCACCACAGUCCGUAACUUUGUGGAAAGCUAUUUUGAUCCCCUGGACAGCGAUCUGGAGGUGCACACCCCGUCCGAUUUCAAAAAUGUCACGCACGGCGGACUGCCGUUUGCGGCAGAAAUCACGGAUUCUUUGCUCAAAGAUUUCGCCGUUAGACUGCACAACAAAUGGCGCGAUUUAGGCCGCAAGAUUUCUUCUCAUGCUUCGGAUUUUCCCGAACAACAUUCCAUAAUCUCCGUACCCCACCCGUUCAUUGUUCCCGGUGGACGAUUCGACGAGAUUUAUUACUGGGACUCCUACUGGGUAAUGGAAGGUCUAUUGGCUUCCAACAUGCCGGAAACGGUGGCAGGAAUGUUGAGGAAUUUCGCCUAUCUUAUUGACAAAUUUGGACACAUCCUUAAUGGAAAUCGUGUCUACUAUUCGAAAAGGUCACAGCCACCUUUCUUCGCCCUCAUGGCUGCCCUUUAUUUUGACCAUUACAAUGUGCAAGAACCACUGCCGUUGAUUCGCGAACUGCUUCCAGUGCUGAAAAAAGAGCAUGAUUUCUGGAUGACCAAACGAGCUAUCGAUGUUACGGUUAGUGGGAAAACGCACAAGCUAAACGUGUACCGAGGCGACAUUACCCAUCCACGUCCAGAAUCCUACUUCGAAGAUCACGAAAGUGGGCAGAAAUAUCUGCAUGCCAAUAACAAAACCGACGCAAGUUUCGUUUUUACGAAUAUCGCCGCAGCGGCCGAAAGUGGAUGGGAUUUUUCCACGCGAUGGCUGGAUACACGCGAGUCCGAAUUCUACACGAUACGAACGGAAACUAUUGUGCCGGUUGACCUUAAUUCGGUUAUCUGUGCACAAGAGCAGAUUUUAUCCCGCUUUUACAAUCUCACCGGCGACACUGUGAACGCCGAAAAGUACCGCAACUUGACACUGGACCGUGGAGACGCUGUGGAAGCCGUUUUCUGGAAUGAAGCCAAGGGUGUUUGGUUUGAUUAUGAUAGUUUGAAAAGCCGCCAAUUGGAGCACUUUUAUCUAAGUGGUGUUGUGCCCAUCUUCACACGGUGUAAUGGACGCGACGUCAAUGUCACCAGUACCCAACGGUUGACCAAAGUGCUUAACUCACAAGAUGUCAAAGGUAUCACCGCAUUUUCUGGCGGUUUUCCUUGUUCCCUGUAUCAGUCGCCAACGAACUGCUGUCAGUGGGAUCUGCCGAAUGCGUGGGCGCCGCUGCAGCUUAUGCUGAUUGAAGGUUUUGCUCAAAACACCGAGAUGCGUGCUCAGGCAAUCAGGUGGGCACAGACAUGGGUCAGCGCAGUUUAUAAAGGUGAACAAAGUCAUGGACGUUUUUAUGAGAAGUAUCACGCAAAUUUUCCCGGUCAGUAUGGAUCCGGUGGCGAAUAUGUCGUACAGGAAGGAUUCGGCUGGACAAACGGUGGAAUUCUGCGACUGCUGGAAAUGUUUCCAAAGGAUCUAAAGGUCACGCCCGUUCCUAGCAGUGCCCCGGUGAGGGCAGCACCCGUAUCCAUUCUCACGUUUGUGUUUCUGAUUAUUUUUACACGAUGGACGAGUGCACCGUCAUAGCCUAAUCAAGGGUGCUGUUUUGUUCACCGUUGUGUACUGCUAUACGUAAGGACUGCUGAACAGAUACUGGAAGCUGUGAUCCAAAUUAUAAUUUAAAUAGAGUUAAUAUUUAAUUACGGGGAAAUUUCCGGAUUCACCCUUUUUUCCGGUGUCCUGCUGUUAGAGUCAGAAACUUUGGACCCUUAACUGUACUGAUGUUGUCUAACAAAACAAAAAGAAUUUGACUGAUGGUAA